GUUUUUAUUUCUUGAAAGGGGAAAAAAAAACAAAAUGUUUCAAAGACAGUUACUUAGUAGAGGCUUGCACAGGGUGGGCUAUACUCCACCGACCAGUCUGCCGGUUCCGUGUGCGCAGCGGUGGGAUCUGCGCCUCGCGGGAGCGAGAAUUUUCAAUGAAUACAUCGAGGAGGGUGCACCAGGUUCUUGGCAGUUGGAAGAUGAUCGGCAUAUGUCGCCAGAGUUUCACACCUUUACGGGGUAUUCCAUGCGGGAGAUGAGGCCGGGUUAUGGGCAAAACUUGCCGGAGUUUAUCAUGAAAAAGCGACUUCCCAAUAACACCCAUUACGAACUCUUUGCUCGACGGGAUAUUCCUAAUGAAGACAAUGCCAUGUAUGGUAAGCAGCUGUAUGAUAUGACAGUGCACGGCACGUCCUUGCCAUCAACCUACCGCAUGCAUAAGGAUAUCAACAAGGCCCAGCGCAAUGAUAGGAAGCUUUCCGGCAAUCGAUUCAAGGUUCUAAACUCUUGUGGGGCGAAGAAACCACCAUCAGGCUUCACGCCAAUUCCAGACACCGCGGAAGAGGAUGAUGGAUAAGCUCGCAUCACGCAUUUCACUUUUCGCUAUCCCUCCUCUACAAUCGUCAUGGAUUCAGCAUUCGAAUGCAUGUUUCAUUUCUCUCCUGAAUUCUUUCUCUCUGUAGGUUUGACGUGAGUUUGAAAGUAUGCCGUUGCGAUGGAUUCCUUUUUAGAAGGCAGCGCAUCAA